AUGUCGGUGAUACAUGCACGGUCGGGGAGGAGAGUCGCGCGCUCGAAGGUUUCUUUGCUCGCAGGCCUUCUUCUAAGCUCUGUCAUUCUCUGCGGCCCUCUCGGCACAUUUGGCUUCAAAACCGACGUUCCUGCUACAUCCCCCUUCUCGCCAUUCCGGGCCUCGAUUCGCGCGUCCUCUUCGGCCUCCGAACCUGCCGGAAGCUUUCACACUUCCGCUUCCUUCCCGCCAGGAAGUGUUGACACACAUGAACCUGGUACCCUGAAGACGGCCAGGAGCUCGGAUUCCGACUCUGAGGCCCUCGUCCGCGACCCCGAUUCCGCUUCUCACAGCGCUGCGUCGUCUGCAGCUCCGUCUUCUGUAUCGUCCCCUUCCGCUGCGCUCGGCAAGUCGGCUGGCGACGACACGGAUGGCGCACCCUCCGCCUCUCGUGUCCACGGCCCCGACUCUGCAGUGGACCACGCGCUGUUUGUCGUUCCCGGCAUUGCAGGCAGCGGCCUGUUCGCCACGGUGAAGAACGCAGUGAUUUCCGCCUGUGAGAAGUCGCCCCUAAACUACCUCGUCCCCUUCCGUGUGUGGGCUUCGCUGACGCUCGUCCUGCCACCCGCGAGUCACCAGAAAUGUUGGAUCGAAAUGAUGAAGAUGAAAGUCGACGAGAACGGACAAGUGUACUCGUCGCAGGACGGAGUAACUGUCGAGGUUGACGGAUACGGCGGUGUCCACGCAAUCGACUACUUAGAUUACUAUAUGAACAACACCUACGGCGUCCCUGCAAGCGCCUACAUGCACGUGAUGAUCCGCACGCUCUUGUCGCUCCACUAUGCGCAGUUCGUCACGCUCCGCGGGGUCCCGUACGACUGGCGCCUGCCGCCGUGGCAGCUCGACUACGGGCAGCUCAAGGCAGACAUUGAAGACCGGUACGCGGAACUGAAGAACAGGAAAGUGGACCUCAUUUCCCACAGUCUAGGCAGCAUUGUCCUUUGCUUCUUCUUGAACCGGGUCGUCGACCAAGCGUGGAAAGACAAGUACAUCGGCUCGAUGACCCUCGUGGCGCCCGCGACAGGAGGCAGCUUCAAGGCAAUCAAGUCGUUGCUCUCCGGAUACGACGACGCAACCGACUUCGACAUCUGGAAUGUGAUUGACAUCAGUCUUUUUCCGUCAGUUCUGUUGCGAGAGCUCCUGCAGACCAUGGGGUCCAUCUACGCGUUGCUGCCAGACCCGGCGAUAUAUGGCCCUGAUCGUGUGGUGAUCCGCGUGGCGCGUCCGCCCAAAGAUCGACUGCCUUCCGCCUCUCUGCCUGAUACACCUGCCCCGCCAAAUGCACUCGAAAUCCAACCAGCACGCGCAGCAACGGCAGAGGACGCGGCAACGAGUGCGAGUGCCACAGCAUAUGGCGAGAUGAGGCGCCUGGAUGCCGUCAUGACGCAUGAGGAGGUUGUGGACGAGCGGAGCAGAGGCGACCGCGGGAAACAGCUGCUAAAUACGUUCACAGGAGUUCCAUCCAGUUACGCUGUAGGUGCGGAGGAGACGCAGCCACCUCAGGGUGAAGCGAAUGCGGGUCCCCAACGCGCCCGUUUGCCAUCCGUUGGAGGGGCUUCAGCAGAGGCUGAAGAAGAUGCUGCCGACUUGGAAGUUCGCCGACAGGCCAUUUUGCGAGAAUUUGAGCUGCAGAACCGCUUGUCGCCCGAACAACGCGCUGCGAGACAGCGAGAAAGGCAUCGCGCUUUUGUUGAGAAGGAAACCCGUCGGCUGGAGGACGCCUUGCGCCGAGCGCAGGAGCAGGGAUUAGAAGAGGACGUCUACACGCUGUCCAACUGGACCUCGCUUCUUCCUGCCGACCUCCAAAGGAGAGUGAAAACCGCACAGGAUACGAUGGCAGGCGUUGUUUCCGAUCCAGGGGUUCCGGUCCGUUGUAUUUGGAGCACGUUCGAACAGCCAACGACAGACGUGGCGUACUACUACGCGACAGGCUCUCUCGAUCGCCAUCCUAUCAGGAUUUUCGACUAUGGAGACGACACGGUGCCUCUUCCCUCCCUUUCCCUCUGCGCCUCGUGGCCUUCCACAGUGCAGACAAAGGUCUUCAGCAACCUCGAUCACAUGUACCUGUUUACAGAUCCGGAGUUCAACCGUUAUGUCUUUGACACAUUUUCGCCAGCCCAACCAAAUGCGUCCGGAGGCUCUGCUGACAAGAAAACACAGCAGGACAGAGUGCCCGGCAGCUCGCCUUCCGGUCUUUCCGGAAGUGUGGGCGCCGGCGGUGAAAGCGCCUAA